AACGCUUCACGCGUUUGAGAUGACGAAAGCACGUCCACCAUCAGAGUCAACGUCAACUUCACUGAAAUAGAAGGGGAAAAAAUAAAAAAGCAAGAAAAAUAGAAGAGCUUCAAACGGUAACCUAAAAGCCAGGGUUACUGAAAAGCGACUGUUGCAUCCCCUGAUCCUUCCAUCUUCUCCAGGAAACUGGAUCGAGGGGUGAUUUUUUAAGUAAGGAAAGUGCGUUUAGCAGUCAUAUCUUGGGCAGUAUAUUUAGAGCUCUCUUCCAUUGAGAAGAGAAGUUGAGGAUGGCUAGGAUUGCAACUAGCAUGCACUUGCCGAAGGAGCCUCAGUAUCAUACACGCAAGUGGUACUUCAGCAGACAAGAAAUUGAAGAUUUUUCCCCUUCUAGAAGGGAUGGUAUUGACGUUGAGAAGGAGUCUCAAUUACGGAAAUUGUACUGUUCAUUUAUUAAAGAGCUCGGCGUGAAGCUUAAAGUGCCCCAGGUGACAAUAGCAUGUGCAUUGAUAUUGUGCCACCGGUUUUACAUGCGUCAAUCUCAUGCAAAGAAUGAUUGGAAGACAAUGGCAUCUGCAAGCAUGUUUCUUGCUUGCAAACUGGAGGAAACUCCGCGCUUGCUGAGGGAUGUUGUUGUUGUGGCUUAUGAGCUGAUGCACAAAAGGGAUCCUUCUGCCUCACAUAGAAUCAGGCAGAUAGGAUUUUGCAGUAGUCAGAAGGAAUUGCUUGUAACCGGAGAGAGACUUUUAUUGGCAACAAUUGGUUUUGAUCUUGAUGUCCAACUUCCUUACAAGCCACUUGUAAAUGCUUUGAAGAAAUUGAACAUAUACCCAGAUCUUGCAAAAGUAGCUUGGAAUUUUGUGAAUGAUUGGCUUUGCACAACUUUAUGCUUGCAGUACAAGCCCCAUUACAUUGCAGCUGGUUCCAUGUAUCUCGCUGCCAAAUUUCAAAAGGUGAAACUUCCUACAGAGAAGGGAAAUGUCUGGUGGCUGGAGUUUGACAUUUCACCUAAACAAUUAGAAGAGGUCAUCCAACAGAUGGCCAGGUUGUUAGAGCAAGAUCCAAAAAGGACUCUUCCGGCAACGCAUGGGAGGGUUCCACAAUCUAAAGCUUCUGCCAAGAAGAUGGUUACCAGUAGUGCGCAAUCAGCUGUUACAAGUGUAUCAAUGUCUAAUUCACUUGCUAGCGAUGGGGCUGUGAUGGAAGCUUCAUCCUCAUCUGACAGAAACACCAGCCUGAAUGAAGUUUUACCAUGUCAAACAAUUGAUAGUGGUGCAAGCAGUGUUGUUGAGGAUGGUGAUGGUAAGAAUCAGCCAAGAACAGGGGACUAUGAGUUGAGCUCCAGCAGCAAUAUUGCCCCAUCUUAUAAUUCCCAUCAUAACAUUGAUGUCCACCAGAUUAGAGAGACAUUAAAGAGACGGAGAUGCCAGAUAGCUGCAAAAAGUAGAGCUUCGUUGUCCAAUGAAACCAUGGAUGCUGAGUUAGAUACGGAAACCUGGAUAGAAAGGGAGCUAGAAGAAGGGAUAGAGUUGCAAAUUGCUCCUUCAGAGAAGAAACGAAGGAAGGUGCGAUUCGGAGGAUAAGAGCUAAAUAGUUAAGUUACAUAUAGUUGAACGAGUUUCAGUAUUCAGAAAUACAAAUCUUUCUUGGCGUCCUGCAAUUGUCAGGCAAGUUUUAGAAUAACCUCGGAAACACUAUUCUUGUCAUUUAUUGAUUCCUGAGAAUAUCAGCUAAAGUAGACACAUAUAGUUAUAACAUUUUUUGCAUCGAAUAUUUUCAUUAGAGCGAGAGUAUUAAAUUUGUGAAGUUGUAGAUCAUAUAUUACAAGAGAUUUUGUAAUUGUUAGCAGCAGCGGCAUCCAUGCUAGGAAAUAAUUCAGCAUGUUGUUUUUCUGCGCUUCUUCAAGGGAAAAUUAAGAAGUUCUUCGUUA